CAACUCUUGAUUCCUACCACUGAAGUUUGAAGAGGUGAGUUUGUUCACUCAAGGUCACCUGUUGGUUCGCGAUGUCGGAAGAUAUUGAAGUAACGCAUGAGGAUCAACAAAGGAUAAACAGCUUUGCAACGUGGAACUUAAAAUUUAAAGAUUAUACAUCCGAUUACGACCAAAAAAAAAAAGAGCUGGCAAAUAUGAAUGAUGCUGAGGAUGAGUUAGUUGUCGUCCAGGAGAGCUUACACCCAUAUCUUAUUGGGGAAACAUUUUUCCACUUGUCAAAUGAUGAAGUUGGAGAAGAGCUCUCAGCAGCCAAAGAAAAAGUGAAAUUGCGAAUGGUGGACCUCGAAGAACGAAUCAGCGACUGCAAAGUUCACAUGAACAAUUUAAAGAAAGAUCUUUAUGGCAAAUUCGGAAAUCAUAUUAAUCUCGAAGAGGACUAGUAUAAUGCCGCUUUCGAAAAGUAUCAACCAGUAUACUACAAGAGUUCGCGUAUUUAUUGGAGCCAAACUAAUUAUCUGUAUCAAUUGUAUUUCUAAUAAACAAUUCUAAAAAAA